AACGGUGCGACGCGCGCGCGGAUCCGUGACCCAAGAGCAGCGCAUCCGGUUUAUGCUGAAACGAGAGCAAGUGCAGAAGACGCGGACGUGCGCGGGUAGGAGAGCCGAGCGUCAAUUCGGUUGCAGUGAUUUGGGGAAACACCUAGCUGUUACCGCCGCCGGGUCCGUUGCAUCGGCUCCCGCUCUUCGUCCCGGCCCUCCUCUCCUACAUGGGCGCUCGCUCAUUUUCCGGCGGAGCUUGACCAGGCAUCGCCGGGCGGCGCAUUCGGUGGUGAAUUCCUAGCGUUUUAAGCUGAAAGAAUCUUUCCCGGCUGGUCUUCCGAGCUGGCCGACCGGUGGUUGCCGACUCCUGGCGCCGGUGCAUGACGCAGCAUUGGACGUCUCGUAGCGCCUCCGACGGUAAAGAGACGAGGAGGAGGCAGAUAAAGGGAAUCGUUUAAAGGAGGAAACGCUGUCUCUAAUGGACAAACAUUUUUCCGGCUAAUGUGGUGCGAAGGUCGGAAGGACCGCUGCUGUGUUGGUGCCGUCCCCGCUGCCGCCCGUGCUGCUGUUCGCUGGCGCAUCUGCUGCUAUACUUGUGUGCUACCCGCGUGAGGCGAGACUCGCCGCCGAGUUCAGCUGUGCUUUACGGCGAAAGAAGAAAUGAUCGGCAACUGCUGCCUCGAAGGUCUCCGAAACAAACGACCUAUGGUACCCCUCUGCAUAGCUUUGCUGCUAGCGCUGGUAUUGGCGUCCGCCACGGCGACGCCACGACAGGACCAGAGGGAGCCGAGGUUGGUGCAGCUUGAUGCGGAGGUGGAGACAGCCACCGAGGACUACGAAGUCGAGUUUAUCGAGGGCCGCAUUGUGGGUGGCAAGCCGGUGUUCCUGCUUCGAAAGCGGGCGCAUGGUGGCGGUACAGCGUCCAAGACCUCUUCCAGCACCUCCGGAGCAAAGUCGCCAGGAACGAAGGGCCGUAACGACUCGACCUCAACGUCGUCAGGAAGCGGUGAGGCCAAGCGACCGCCAUGGAAAACCACUGGAAGACCAACCGUAGGUGAAGAAGGACUCAGGCCAGAGUCGAGCAGUUGGAGGCCUUCUUUUUCGGGUGCGGAUAGACCACGCGAGACGAACGGUUUUGACAGUGAGCAUCGGGGUGGCUUGGUCAACCAGAACCGAGAAGUGCCUUGGAACCACCAGGGAGUGUCUCCGGGCUACAGCUCGUACCCUGCUCCUGUCACCUCAGCUUACACAGACGAUGAUUCACCUCGCUACAUCCCAAACACUCCGGCGACACCAAACACGUACACACCAAGUAUCGAGCAGCAACCAUCUCUCUCAUCAAGGCCAACCAGCUACGCCGGCUCACAGGGUGGCGGAGGAAUUAUUACCGGCCAUCCCCCAACCAACACAUUUACACAGCGCGAAGGUGACGUGAAUCGGCCGUCCAUAGUGUCCGACCCGAGCAACGUGCCGCGACAGGGUGGUGACCUGAUUGUGGGAAGUGCUUCGAUGAAUAGAUUCGGUGGCCACCUAGGAGGCUUCAAUCAGCAACCACCACAACAGGAAUUAGACCAGGCGCGAAGAGGAGUCGUCCACCAACAACACCCGCAGCAAGGAGCAGGAUCUUUCGGUUUGCCGUCCCUACCGAGCAACCCAUUCGCUCCUUCGAACUCGGGAUUUCACGUUCCCGGCGUUGGGCCACUGCCAUUUGGAGCGAGUCUCUUCAAUCCGGGGCUCGUCAACAUCCAAAAAGCUGUCGAACAGGCGGCCGCUGGUGUACUGGGAGCGGCAGGUGCUGGAGUAAACCCCACAGCAGCCAACGUGUUUGGAAGGACGUCUACGUUUGGCCAGACAACCAGUUUUGGGUUCACGGAUAGGAAGUGAUUCUUUACUCGCAUGGUUUCUUUAUUCAAGCAACAACGUGGUGCAUUUUGUCCUCUUGGUAUUUUGGGGUAAUGAUGUCUCCUUAUUAUAGCAUAACGUUAAUGUGGUGCGCAGUAUAUUUCAUUGAAAAACAGUUAAAGAUGGUGCAGUACUAGAAGAAAUGUGUUAAGCCCAGUUCCACAAGAGUUGUAAAGCCUUGGGUUUUUACCCUUUUUUAUGGCACAUAAUGUGCAUUCAGUAUAGAAACGGGUGUCAUUUCUAUAUUAAACGAUAAUUUGGUGAGCCGUACUGCGAACCCCAAUGUGUCUUGCUGGACAUUCGGGAUUAUAACAUUCAAGUCGCAACAACUUGCGUAAACUUCUGAUUGUGUGCCAAAUAAUCGCAGUGUUUGGGUAGGGUAUCGCUUGCUGUCCUACUUAGCUUACAUUCAUCCAAAAGACUGUGCUAGCGAAGCGCAGUAGUUUACCUCAAAGAGUAAAAGGUUUUGUGUUCAACUUUCUAAACCAUUUUGAAAGGCCCAUCUAAGUUACAGAACCGCUUUGCAGUCAACCUCGUUUUUUUGCUGUUUUGCAAGUAUCAUGUCGAUGUUAUUUGCUCUCAAAAGUUAAAGUUAAAAGAGCGGUAAUUCGAACCAGUCUGUUGGCAUAUUUUUCUUUUUGCUCUCACACAAAAGUACUUUCUUAGUGGGUUAUACUGCCGGUGGUAUUUAUUGAAGUCCUGUGCAAGACACUGAAGAAAAGGCGAUCUUUUUUGCAAUGAAGUGACUUUUAAUGCGUUUUGGACAACUCUUCGACAUGUUGCUAGACAUUACGGUAUAGUCACUUUCAGCGUAUAAACACAAAUAUUGAAGAAUCUUGUGCCACUAACCACAUCGCGUAUUAUCUACAAAGCUGGUACGUGAAGAAUCUAAUGAAGAAUACGAUGCGGUUGUUAGUUCGUGAAGCAGAAACAAAUGACGCUACAUGCUGUUGCAGGACCUCAAGAGAGGCUAGCGCUUCCUCUACUCAGUGGUGUCACAAUGAAACUUCAGCUUGCGGUAAUAUCACAUACGGUAGUGCAUGUGCUCCCAUAUUUCAUUCCUAUUGUUCCUUUUGUUUCGUAUGAUAGCAUUUCAUUUGAGGGAUGUUGGCAAUUUUUGAAAUUUUUGAAAUUUCACUUUUCAUGUGGUGGUACUGCUUCCUGACUUUCCAGUUUUUACUAUUGUGUAUUUUUUGUGAUGAAUAAAACAGCACUUCCCACUUGUUUGUAAA